AAGAGCAAAAAGACCCUUCUCUCUUUUCCUCUCUUUCUCUAUCUCUCUCUCCUUUCUCCCUUCGGUCUUAAUCUUUGUGAUGAAGCUCGAGUUUCUGGCACUUUAUGUUGUUCUAUUCGGCUGCAUGUGCAUCUCAUCAGCAAAUAUUUGCUGUACUAGUAACUUCGAUCUAUGUAGCGAUGAUCCACAAUUGCAAGAUACAGGAAUUUUUGAUAUAUCAUUGUCAUGUUAUAAUUCAACCAUACAUUGGAACAAAAAUGAGGACAGUACAAACUAUGAUCUGAACCUUCAUGAAACCUGCUAUAAUGUAACAACUGGAGAAAUGCUUCCUGAUUAUCCCAAUUGCCUAAUUCAAGGCAAGAGAUCAUCUGGGAAUAAAUCAAUCAGACAUAUUGGAGAGUUUGAUGAUGUUGUGUGUUCAUAUGGUGGUUGUAUUGCGUAUGCUUAUUGGUACUGCCAUAAAAAUAUUCCUCAUAUAGGGAACUGCACCAGCCCUACACAAAUUACACAUACCCUAGAGCAGGCCUCAUCAUCAUCAUUAAGUUAUUCCAGUAGUGCUCCAGUUUCUCUGCUUCCCACCAUAUCUCCUUUACCCUCUUCUCUUCAAGAUAUUGCUAGCUUUAGCAGUACAUAUAUUGUAUCUAGCUCCUCAUUUGAUGAUUCAAAAAUGAUGUCAUCCUUUUCAAAAACAAGUGAAACUUCAGGAACUAGAGAAAGCUACAAUGUCUCUACUUCUUUCAUGAGCUUGUUUCCAUCAAUGUCCUCGCCAAUUGUCCCUUCAAUAACUACACUAGCUAAUGGUUCACUUGAUUUGAUUUAUGUCCUUGUCAGUUCAGUAGUAACAAUGCUGCUAUGCGUUUGCGGUCUUUUUGUGAUCCUCCUCCUACUACUAAUAGCUAAGAAAAAACAAAAAUCAAGAUCAAAGCUAACUACAGAUCUCAUUCUAAUGGAUGGACCAAGAAUUGAGCUUUUCUUUGAAGACUUGAAAGGUUUCUCCCUCCAGUCGGGAUCUAUGGAAACUGUGUACACCCCAUUGGAGGGCGGCUACUACAGCACGAGAGGUCACAUUGACACUAGGGACAAGGAGAGUGUCGUCACAGCAGCCUCGAAUGAGAACCUACACAAAAAUGAAAAUGAAGAGAUUGAAAGUACAGAAGAAGAUGGUAACGAACUGGGUGGAACCAGGGAUGAAAAUACCGUCGUUAGCAGUGAGGAUAGUAAUGAGUCAUCUUUUGUGUCAUCUGGUUCCAGUGGGUUUGGUAAUGAUGAUCCUGGACACUUGCAAUUUCAUGGAUUGACACAGUUAACUAACGGAUAUGUGGAAUCCAAUGGAUCCGUGGUAGAAUCCAGUGGACAGUCACACGAAUAUGUACAGCUAAACAAUGGUCACAUGGUAGAGACAACUAACAGACCCACAGAGGCAUCUAAUGGAUACAUACAAACAAAUAAUGGAUCCGUAGAAUCACACGAAUACAUCAAAGAAGAAUCCAGUGAAGAAUCAUAUGGAUAUGUACAGGUAAAUACUGGAGACAUGGAUAUGAAUGGAGACCCGGAAACAAAUGGAUCCAUUCUGUCUAAUGGAUACAUACAGACGAAUGAAGACAUUGAAAUGAUGAAAUUUAAUGGAUACAUGCAGUCAAAGUCUUUCAUAACGAGUGACAUUAAAUUUGAAAACGAUUACAUUCCAAACAAUGUUAUGUAAUGAGACACACCCCUAACCACACCCCCUCAUUAAUUCACAUGUUUCACAGGUAAUUUGAAUAAAUCUUUUUAUAAAAAAAUAACAGCAAUAGUUGUUAAUUAUAGUUAAUUAACUAGCAAUGCACCAGCAUUAGCAUUUUUAGCAGCAGAAGC